CCAGUCAACAUGGCGACUCUCUGAGCUCAACAGGAAGAGGCUAUUUGUAAAUAAACACCCUGGAGGCAACAGGCAUCAUCAUUAAACGUUUGCAAUCUCGUUAUUCAUGAAAUACUGCACAGGAAACAGAAAAUGUCAAACGACGGCAGCAAAAAACAAUUCUGGAAAAGAAACACCGCUAAGGUCCCUGGCAGCAUACAGCAUGUCUAUGGAGCGCAGCACCCACCUUUCGAUCCCCUCCUCCAUGCCAAUUUAAUGAAAGCUGGAAACAAGCCGCAGGUGCUGACACCGGGGAAACCGAAGAAGGCCACCACCUUCCAGGAGUUCGAGAGCAUCACCAGCGACGCCUGGGACGUCGGGGACGACGAUGACGAGCUGCUGGCCACAGCUGCGCAGAACCUGAACAUCGAGGUCGUCAUGGAGACGGCCAACAAGGUGAUCGAGAACCACAGCAAGCUGCAGGAGCAGCAGCAGCACCAGCAGCAGCAGCCGAAGCAGGCAGAGGCUGGGUUCGACAAGGAGGAGGAAGAGGAGGAGGAAGAAGAAGAGGAACGGGAGGAGCCUGCCUCCGAGCUGGCCUUCAACUCGCGACCCCGCCCCUACGGCGAAAGCCGCAUGGUGAAAUCGUUCAGCGAGGCCCACAUCGAGUCGCCAAAGGAAGGGGGUGGGGAGAAGGGGGUCCUUCAGCGGCAGCAGUCCCUCCCUCACCGGCCUGUCAUCCCAUUGGUGGCCCGCAUGGCUGACCAGAACACGUCCGGGGCCCUCGUCAUGACGGAGAGGGAGGCAUCCCGCCUGGACAAGUUCAGACAGGUCCUUGCUGGGCCCAACACAGACCUCGAUGAGCUCCGGAGACUGAGCUGGUCCGGAAUCCCGCGGCAAGUCCGUCCAAUCACGUGGAAGCUGCUGUCCGGCUACCUCCCGGCGAACGCGGAGAGGAGGGAGAGCACGCUCCAGCGAAAGCGGCAGGAGUACUUCGGCUUCAUCCAGCAGUACUACGCCUCCCGAAACGAUGAGCACCACCAGGACACCUACAGACAGAUCCACAUAGAUAUCCCCCGUAUGAGUCUGGAGUGUUUAGCACUGCAGCCCAAAGUAACGGAGAUUCACAUUGACAUUCCCAGAACUAAUCCUCUUAUUCCUCUCUUUCAACAAGCUUCUGUGCAAGAGAUAUUUGAGCGAAUCCUCUUCAUCUGGGCCAUCCGCCACCCCGCCAGUGGCUACGUGCAGGGCAUCAACGACCUCGUCACGCCCUUUUUUGUCGUUUAUGUCUUCGAAUACAUCGAGGAAGAGGUGGAAAAUUUCGAUGUUUCCAGCUUGCAGGAGGAAGCGCUGCGGAACAUCGAGGCUGACAGCUUCUGGUGCAUGAGCAAACUGCUGGACGGCAUUCAGGACAACUACACCUUCGCCCAGCCUGGGAUCCAGAGGAAAGUGCGUGCUCUGGAGGAGCUGGUUAGCCGGAUCGACGAGUCGGUGCACCGUCACAUGCAGCAGUACGAGGUGGAGUACCUGCAGUUCGCCUUCCGCUGGAUGAACAACCUGCUGAUGAGAGAGCUGCCUCUGCGCUGUACCAUCCGACUGUGGGACACUUAUCAGGCAGAACCAGAGGGUUUCUCACACUUUCACCUGUACGUCUGCGCGGCUUUCCUGGUACACUGGCGGAAGGAGAUUUUGGAAGAGAAGGACUUCCAGGGGCUGAUGAUUCUAUUACAGAACCUACCCACGAUGCACUGGGGUAACGAGGAAGUCAGCGUUCUCCUGGCAGAGGCGUACAGGUUGAAGUUUGCCUUCGCAGAUGCACCCAAUCACUACAAGAGAUGAGAGUCACUUACGGCCCACAGAACUAGGGGAUUCGAGGUCCCCCUUUUUUUCUAAAUUCUCCCGACCGCACAGCUACAGCGAGAUUAGAAGUGUGCUUUUUCUAUUCUGUGUACAGUUCUUAACAGCAGCUCUUGAUAUUACAGAUGUGCUCACCAGUUGUGGUUGGUGAACUACUCAUAGGGGAGACUGAGAAUCUACCUUUAGCCUGAUAAUAGUCCUGAAGCUGUUUUUGUGUGAUGCCAAUUUAAAUAAUGAUCACCCAUCCUUUUUACUUAACUCUAAUGUGGGAGCAUUACUUUUUGCACUUUACAUAUGAAUAAUUUUGGUUAUAACAAAGACAUGGGGUUGCUAUAGAUCAUUUUUUUAUUAUAACAAAGAGAUCAAAGAUUUCAGCAUUUUUGUUACCUGAAAUGAUUUCAUUAAUUUUGAACAUGAAGGCAGAGGUACCACAUUAGAUGGAUGAUCCUGAUGUGGCAUGCUAACCGGUCAUGCAGAACGAUCAGGAACAGGUCCGGGGGUCUUGUUGACAGUAAAUUCUCUGCCCGCUGCCUCUGUUGCACACACUCCAUUGUCACCUGCAUCCUGUCGAACUCGGUUAAUGCAACCGCAGCUAACCAAAAAAAGCCCAUGUAUACGCAAACGUUCAAGAGAUCAAUACUGUAUCCCUGCCCAUGCCUUCAAGGCCUUUUCAUAGAGUUUGAUUUCAGGAAUCAUAUUACCUGCCAUGACAGUGGAAAUUGCCUGUUAAUUUAAAGCCUAUCCUAUUGGAUAAGAGCUACUGUCGUGGCAUGGGUCUAAUAGAGGUAUCUUUCCCUGCAUGGAGCAGGUUUAAACUUAAGCUAAUUGAAGCUAGCCAAGACUUUGUCAUUCACACGUCAGCAGUUGGAGAGGACAGACACACUCACACACACACACACACACACACACACACACACUGCUAAAAUAAUCAUACACUGCAGCAAUGCUUUCCCCAUCCAUCCACUUAAGGUUUCUAAGAAUUCUCUGGCUAUAGUGGCAUCAGACAUGGGUUUGCUCGAAGGUAAUGCCAGGCACAUUUCACACAUUAACCCAUAUUAUUAAAUGGAUGUACUUCCCACCACAAAACCCUUCUCAGAACUAGCGUUAGCACUAGUAACCCUUUCUUAACCAAGGACUACCUCAGGAACCAGUCGGGUUUGAUUCAUCAUUAAAGUGAAUGUAGCUGGGUGUGGUGAUCCAUUGUCACGUGAUACUGAUAGCCAUUUUAAUUCCUUAAAUGCUAGUCUUUUACCACAGAAGAAUUUCAUCAGAUUGCCUUAACCUGAUUGGUUUAUCCAUUUCUGUUUACACUGGAGACAGAGAUGUGAUAUUACACUUUGGCCAUUGUUGCAGUAACAUAGAUGUGUUGACAUUUAUACAAAUUAGAAGUAACAGUGUAUGUUGUUUUUUUUUUUUUUUUUUGAAAACUCUAGUCAGAUUAACUAAGAUUAACCAAUACAAAUUGUACAAGCCAAUUAUAUGUGUGGAUCCCUAUGUAUGAAGGCAGUUAGCACUUCACAUCUUAAUAGGGAAAAAAAACUGCUCUUGCAUUUUCUUUGAACGUGACAAGCUUAUGAUUUAUGUGCCAGUUUUACAACUA